CCUGAGCAACGUUUCCCGAGCAGGCGCUGGGCUAGAGGCGGGUCUCCACCAGCGACUCAUCGGAGGCGGGCUCGAGAGCGGCGACAAGGGAGGCGCGCAGGAGGCUCGGCGGCGGCGGCCUUACCGACCGAGUCGGAUCCCGACCACGAAAAGCGAGUAAUUUUCCACUUGUACAUCAAGAUGGAAAGCUCAGAUUCUAACGAUAAAGGAAGUGGUGAUCAGUCUGCAGCACAGCGCAGAAGUCAGAUGGACCGAUUGGAUCGGGAAGAAGCUUUCUAUCAAUUUGUAAAUAACCUGAGUGAAGAAGAUUAUAGGCUUAUGAGGGAUAACAAUUUGCUAGGCACCCCAGGUGAAAGUACUGAGGAAGAGUUGCUGAGAAGAUUACAACAAAUUAAAGAGGGCCCACCACCACAAAACUCAGAUGAAAAUAGAGGUGGAGAAUCUUCAGAUGAUGUGUCUAAUGGUGACUCUAUAAUAGACUGGCUUAACUCUGUCAGACAAACUGGAAAUACAACAAGAAGCGGACAGAGAGGAAACCAAUCUUGGAGAGCAGUGAGCCGGACUAAUCCAAACAGUGGUGAUUUUAGAUUCAGUCUAGAGAUCAAUGUUAACCGUAAUAAUGGGAGUCAGAAUCCAGAGAAUGAAAAUGAGCCAUCUGCAAGACGUUCUACUGGAGAAAACAUGGAUAACAACAGCCAAAGGCAAGUGGAAAAUCCACGAUCUGAAUCAACAUCUGCAGGGCCAUCCAGAUCAGAACGAAAUUCAACUGAAGCGUUAACGGGAGAAGGCCCACCUACUAGGGGUCAGAGAAGGGCAAGGAGCAGGAGCCCAGACCACCGGAGAACCCGAGCAAGAGCUGAAAGAAGUAGGUCACCUCUGCAUCCAAUGAGUGAAAUUCCACGAAGAUCUCAUCAUAGUAUUUCAUCUCAGACUUUUGAGCAUCCUUUGGUAAAUGAGACUGAGGGAAGUUCUAGAACCCGGCACCAUGUGACACUGAGACAGCAAAUAAGUGGACCUGACCUGCUAAGUAGAGGUCUUUUUGCAGCUUCUGGAAUAAGAAAUGCCUCACAAGGAGCAGGUUCUGCAGACACAACUGGUAAUGGCGAAUCUACAGGAUCAGGACAGAGGCCUCCAACCAUAGUUCUAGAUCUUCAAGUGAGAAGAGUCCGUCCUGGAGAGUAUCGGCAGAGAGAUAGCAUAGCUAGCAGAACUCGGUCAAGGUCUCAGACACCAAACAACACUGUCACUUAUGAAAGUGAACGAGGAGGUUUUAGGCGUACAUUUUCACGUUCUGAGCGGGCAGGUGUGAGAACCUAUGUCAGUACCAUCAGAAUUCCAAUUCGUAGAAUCUUAAAUACUGGUUUAAGUGAGACUACAUCUGUUGCAAUUCAAACCAUGUUAAGGCAAAUAAUGACAGGUUUUGGUGAAUUAAGCUACUUUAUGUACAGUGAUAGUGAUUCAGAGCCUAGUGGCUCAGUCUCAAGUCAAAAUGUGGAAAGGGCAGAGUCACGGAAUGGAAGAGGGGGUUCUGGUGGUGGUAGCAGUUCUGGUUCCAGUUCGAGUUCAAGUUCUAGUUCCAUUUCCAGUGGUGAAAGUUCAGAGACUAGCUCAGAGGUGUUUGAAGGCAGUAAUGAAGGAAGCUCAUCAUCAGGCUCAGGUGCCAGGCGAGAGGUUCGACACAGGGCCCCAGUAACGUUUGAUGAAAGUGGCUCUUUGCCCUUCCUUAGCCUGGCUCAGUUUUUCCUCUUAAAUGAGGAUGAUGAUGAUCAACCUAGAGGACUCACCAAAGAACAGAUUGACAACUUGGCAAUGAGAAGUUUUGGUGAAAAUGAUGCAUUAAAAACCUGUAGUGUUUGCAUUACAGAAUAUACAGAAGGCAACAAACUUCGUAAACUACCUUGUUCCCAUGAGUACCAUGUCCACUGCAUCGACCGCUGGUUAUCUGAAAAUUCUACUUGUCCUAUUUGUCGUAGGGCAGUCUUGGCUUCCGGUAACAGAGAAAGCGUUGUGUAAUUGAGGUCUGAGCUCCCGGCUGUGUACCUGGUAUAGUGAUGGGCAAACAGGAAUCACUUGCUUUAUGUCCACUUUUUGAGUGGUGCUUAAAUGUAAAGUUGCAACCUGAAUUGAGUCAUUGCUUUCUGAAUGAAUCAUUGUCCUUUCUCCAAUUUCUGUUCCAGAAUAAAAGGAAAUAUUUAAAAAGCAAUGUUUUAGGACAUAAAAUCUAAUUUCAGUAUUAGUAAUUGAUAUUACUAAUGAUUUAUUAUAUAUGUUUAUCAGUUUCUCCUUUGUUACCUUAAAAGAUCUGCCUUAGCAGUGGCUCUUAUUUGUUUCAUGUUGAUCUUUAGAGUUUCCCAUGCCAUAGGAGAGAGGGGCUAAGGAAAUGAUCAGUUUAGACUAAGUUACAGUACAUGUUUUAUAAGUGAUUGCUUAAAGCUAUACCAUUUCCAGUUAUUAGUUGGCACAAAUUCAGCUACAUGCUGAAUAUCAUUUGUUCACCUUUCAGACAAGGUGAUAUUGGACAUGUCAGUGUAAAUAACACUAAGGCUAGAUCUUCUAAGUGUAUGACUGUCUCCUAAGCCCAUCACUGUGGCACACUGUAGAGUGAGCUUAUAGUUUAAUUGAGAUAUUUAUCUUGUGGAAAUAUUAAAAAAGCCUAUGCUUGUGUAAGUGAAAAAAAUCACAUUCAUUUGUUUAAAAAUGUAAAGCUAUUUUGUAGAGGCUCAGUACUUUUCCAAUGCACUGUUGUAAUAAUGCAUUAAAAAUUGUAAAGUACCAUGCAUAGAAAUGAAAAAACUGCUUUUCGUGAGCCAACAUAGUAAAAAACAAAAACACACACCAAACAAAGUACAAAGCUCCUUUUGUAAGUGUGUACAUGUCAAGAGCAGAACAUAUCUAUAAUAUUUAAUGUAUGUGAACAGCUACUGUGACAUGCAAAGGAAAGGUCAGAGUGCAGAAUUGAACUGCGUUGAAGACCAAUGGAAAUUGUGUAUUUUAACUUGGAUUUAGGCAGGCAAUGAAAGACAGGAGGAGAAAACUACUCUGGAAGAAUGUAAACUUUUCAUGAAGACAGUAAUCAUACUGGAUUCAUAUGAUGAGAUCUUUGACACAGUAUUCUACUUGAGCUCAUGAAGUAGAUGAACAAAUUAGGCAGAGCUUUGGUUUAAGAAAACAAGCCACUACCACCUAGCACAAUUUACAUUGUUGUUUUUACAAGUCUGCUACUCAAAAAGAAGAAGAAGAAAGUGGAAGAAGGAGACCAUAAAUCAUUUUUAGCAUAAGAAUUGGUACAGAUGUUGUUUUUGAGAUUUGUCAUUUAAGGUACCAGUGCACACUUGUUAAUAUUUCAUUACUAUCUCUAACACAGACUUAACAUUUCACAUUUAAAGACCAGUUGAAUAAUUAGUUGAGAGAUUUUUAUUUUUUGUUGACAGUGAGUCCUGUUGGGUUAUUUGAAAUGCAAAUUUCAAUUGUGCUGCCCAUAUCUGAAGAUGAGACCGCUGACUUAUGAUCCAUGGGACAUGCACUUGAUGCUAUUUCCUUAAUAGUGACAAUAGGUUUGUGAAGAACCUCAGUACUCUUGCCGAAAUUUUCUUUUGAGGCUGGUUGGGGUUAGGAUUAGUCUGACUGUGGAAGACUGUGUUUGUUUUUCUGGGAAAACCUAAUGGGCCUUUAAUAAAGUGAGCUGACUACCCAGGCAUAAUCAGAUGCUCAACAAAAUAAAUAAGACUGCUUUAAGGAACUAUCUGUUUACCUUAACUGCUAUAAAUUUAGCUGUAAAGAUUAUUUCAAUGCUCAUACUUUCAUGUUUUCCUCUCGCUUUCAAUCCUACCUAAGAAUCAAGGAAUUAACUUGUAAAUAUGGUAGUUGUUUGCUAAGGAUAUGUACUGCUCUUGCAAGGAAAUAAUGUUCAAACAAAGCUUCACUUAUUUUUUUUAAUAUAAACAGAAAUCACUGUUUAUGGCGCUUAUAUAAUACAUUUUAUCUUUUUAAAAAAUUGUCCAUGUAAAAGUCAGGAUUCCUUUAUAUUUGUGAGCCUCCUUGUCGCCUUUCCUAAGGGUGUGUAAUCGAUGGUUUUCAGAUCUGCAGGGUAGUCCCGAUUGGCUAAAAACAAACCCAUUUUCCUCUUGGUAUACGAUGUCCCAUUACUAUAGGCGUGUUCAUUUUCUAGUUUAAAAACAGCUGCAGCUCAUUUUAAGCAUAAAAGUUAACAGUUAUCUCCCUAACCUCCCAAGAUAUAUUACCCAUUUGUGAAGUAUUAAAGUAAGAAGUAACUCGUGCAGAAUUCUGGUUAUGAAGAUAGAUAUUGAACCUAUUCAUAAACACUGGAAAUAGAAUUUUAAGUUUUUAGCCCUCAGUAGAAUGCACAUAUGGGGCAUGUGCAUGUGGACACCUUUUUCAAUAGCACUCAAUUAUUUCCAUUGGAUUGUAUAGAAUGAAUACAAAAUUUUAGUGGAAUUUACUUUUUUUUUUUU